AUGGAUGGCGACGAAUUUGAGGGUGACGAUUUUGAAGAUGGGCCAGAUGUAGAAGAUGAUGAACCACUUGAUGAGCCCAUUAACAAUGAACAGGGUGACAGAAUUGAGGUGAUCACUGAUGGCUCAGCUGGACAAGUGGAACCACAGAAACGCAUAACAACAAAAUACAUGACCAAAUAUGAGAGGGCUCGAGUACUGGGAACUCGAGCCCUGCAGAUAGCGAUGUGUGCUCCAGUCAUGGUGGAGGUGGAUGGAGAAACUGAUCCAUUGGCUAUUGCAAUGAAGGAACUGAAGGCACGGAAAAUUCCCUUCAUCAUCAGGAGGUAUUUGCCAGAUGGAAGCUAUGAGGACUGGGCUCUUGAUGAGCUUAUAAUUGACUGA